AUGAAGCUCCUCGUGUCCUCGGUCCUGCUCGCUGUCGCGAUCGCCGCCGUCUCCGCUGAAGACAACUCAACGGACGCAUCGCUGUCGACGUCCGGAUCAUCAUCGUCAUGGUCGACCUCGGGCUCCUCCGAAAGCUGGAGUGAGUCCGGCACCGACGACGAGACCUUCGGACCCUCCGGUUCGGGCGACGUGGCCGGCUCGGCCACCGUCGGUAGUGUUUGGUCUGCCUCCGGCAGCGCCGACAGCGUCGUGGGGACCGAGUCCAGCACGUCGAGUGGGUCGGCAGAAGACACGACGAUCGAGACCGAGGCGCCGACUGACUAUUCUACCAGCAGCAGUGGCGAAGAAGAAGAAGACAACCUCUCCAGCGCCUCCGACAGUGCAUCGAAGGCAAGCUCCAAGUCUUCCGGCGCGAAUAUUCUUCCGUCGGUUGCACUCUACAGUUCCGCCACGAUCGCUGUGGCCAUCGCAGCCCUCCUCUAG